CACACAAGGAAUUUGUUUCCAGCUGAUGGUUACUCUCAAAAGUACAGACAUAAAUAACACUAUAUACUGUAUUUAGCUUGGACUUAGAAAAACCGAAGGUCUCAGCAUCAGCAUAGCAGUGUUAAGAGAACAUGUGUGAGGAAAUAAUUUCAAGAGAGUGAGUAUACUGUGAGAAAAGGAAAGGACCAAAUACUGAGCCCUGUGGGACACCGGUUGAGAGUUUGUGUGGAGCAGAUGUCACUCCCCUCCAAAGAAAAGCAGGUUAAGAUUUGACCCUGUGACAACAUAUGAGACUCACAAAAUCCUGAUUUUGUCAUCUGGUAUUACCUUUCAUAUAUUUUUUCCUUCUUCUUUCUUUUCUGCUCCUCGUUCUCAACAGAUUGCGUUCAACGUAAAGUGAUGGCUAAAGCAGUUGACACUGAUUCAACCAACUCCAUGCGUUUGAAGCAGGAGAUCUCGCUCUUACAUGGAGUCUGCUUAAUUGUUGGCAAUAUGAUUGGCUCGGGCAUUUUUGUUUCGCCAAAGGGUGUGCUGGAGUACACAGGCUCAUAUGGGUUCUCGCUGGUAGUUUGGGCUAUAGGUGGCGUUUUCUCUGUAUUUGGUGCCCUCUGUUAUGCUGAACUUGGCACCACAAUCCGUAAGUCAGGUGCCAGCUAUGCCUACAUCCUGGAAGCCUUUGGUGGCCUCCUGGCAUUUGUUCGUCUGUGGACUUCACUGAUGAUCGUGGAGCCGGCAUGCCAGGCCGUCAUCGCGAUUACUUUCUCCAACUACCUGGUGCAGCCGUUCUACCCGACCUGCACAGCCCCGUAUGGUGCUGUGCGACUCAUCGCUGCUCUCAUCAUUGCUCUGUUGACCUUUGUGAACUGUAUGAAGGUGAAGUGGGGAGCCAUCCUGCAGGUCAUCUCUACUGUUGCAAAAGUGCUGGCUCUCAUUGUCAUCAUCAUUGCUGGUCUAGUCGUCCUGGCCCAAGGAAAGACAAUGAACUUUGAAGACUCUUUUAAGGACUCUAAACUGAAUCCUGGAGACAUGGCAUUGGCUCUGUAUGCUGCUUUAUAUUCAUACUCUGGCUGGGACACUCUGAACUUUAUUACUGAAGAGAUCAAAAACCCAGAGAGAAACUUGCCACUGUCUAUUGCCAUAUCUAUGCCCCUCGUCACAAUUAUCUAUCUCCUGACCAAUGUGGCCUAUUACGCAGUCUUGGAUGCAGAUACCGUGUUGCAAAGUGAGGCAGUAGCUGUGACAUUUGCUGACAGUGUUCUUGGCUUUGCACGCUGGCUGAUCCCCCUGUCUGUGGCCAUCUCCUGCUACGGUGGUCUCAACUCCUCCAUCAUCGCUGCCUCCAGGUUAUUCUUUGUGGGAUCUCGGGAGGGUCACUUGCCCAACGCUUUGUCUAUGAUCCAUGUGAAGCGCUACACGCCGAUCCCGGCCUUGCUGUUCAAUGGCGGCAUGAGCUUGAUUUACCUCCUUGUUGAAGAUGUGUUCCAGCUUAUUAAUUAUUUCAGCUUUAAUUAUUGGCUGUUCAUUGGCCUGUCCAUUGCCAGUCAGAUCUACCUGCGCAUAAAGGCUCCUGAGAUGCCUCGCCCUGUGAAGCUUAGCCUAUUUUUCCCCAUAGUGUACUGCUUGUGCUCUGUGUUUCUGGUGGUGGUGCCACUUUACAGUGACACUAUAAACUCCCUGGUGGGCAUCGGGGUGGCUCUCUCCGGCGUUCCAUUCUACUACCUUUUUGUGUACCUGCCUCCCAGCUCCAGGCCUGCCUUCUUAGGCAGAUUGUUUGAUAAGAUCUCACUGUCCAUCCAGAAGUUGUGUUUCUGCUGUUUAGCAGACCCUGGCCUUGACCUCGACAAUCCACCUGAAGGGGACAAAUCAAAAUGACCAUAAACUAAAAACUCCAGCCAUAUCUUUGAACUAGGAUUUUUCACAUUUUUUAUUUUUAAUUUUUUUAUCCAAUUUUUAUAUUUAAUAUAUACUGUGGUUCGACCAAAUGGAAAAAAAAAAAAGGUUUACUAUAGCAGAAAGGACACAUGAUAUGAAAGACAUCAAAUGUUCUGGAAUUACUUUUUCUUCAUGGCAACAUUAUCUAUGUGAAUUUGGUCUCUUUUAUUUGGUCUUUUGAGCCAAGAGGAAGUUUGCGGGAAUGUGGUAUUUCUGGUCAACUUUAAAAAAAAAAAAAAUGGAGCUGCUUAUUAUCAAGCAGCAUUUUCACCAGACUUGCUGGUUGUAUGUUGUUUAGUACACAUUAUAAAUAAUAGCUUUAGUCUAUAGUUUUGGUAAUCAUGUUCGUUCUUUGUGGUAAAAUACAUUAUAUAAUUUUUUCCCGUCUGUCAAGGGUUUUCUUGUCAAUAAUGUUGGCUUAUGUGUCUUGAUAAUCUUGAUCUAAUGUGUGCUAGCCAAGUACACUGGCACAGGUAAAUGAAGGAGCGUUUUGAUUGAUAGCCAAACUAGAUAGGACUUUUUCUUACACCGAGUAAUAAAUGCUGUAAUCAUUAAUAUAUUGUUAUUUAUUUUUUUUCCUUUGUUUAUUUUUAAGGCUUACUUUUAGGACCAUAUACAUUACUGCCCAUGAUAUGGAUCUUUUUCCAUUUGCCUUUUUUUUUUUUUUUUUCUUUAAUUUUUUAACUUCUAGUCUAGAUUACAUGGAUUUUUUUUUCACGUCUUGUGGCCUUUGCAUAGGGAGACAACUUAUGCAUAAAUGGGGAAACUUGCUAAUCCCUAUAACAUUUUAGUAAGAAUAGUGUAUCCAGUCCUUUCCAGACAUUUUCCUUUGGAUGCUCAAACGGUUUUAGUGUCUUUUAUAAUUGUUCUUUUCAUGCACUGUCUUCUAAAAAAAAGGGCAGAGCUGAGCAUAUCUGUUGUAGUUCAGGGCAGAAUCUAUGUCCGGACAGGAAAAACGUGCACACAUACCUUAAGUUGGGAAAUUUGGAAAACCUGAUGCAAUAUUUCAGCUCACAGAGGUUGUACGGAAACAAAUAAGAUAUUUUGACUAUAUGUCUGUCACUUUAUGGCACAAGGACACAUUAACAGCUGUUUUAAUGCUGGAUUUCAGGAUGUGGCCUUCUAGUCUCAGGCUAAAUCACAAGCUGGUUUAUUGUUUGCACUUGAAUUUCUUGUUAUUAGUGCAAAGCUUCAGAUUAAGGUUCUGCUCCUAAAGAACAGUUUUCAUUGCAUCACAAUCAUUUCAGCAUAUAAUAGGAUUUAGGAUCUUGUGAUUAUCAAAGCUGGGUGUGUUUAUUCUUCAGCUGUAAUCUUUGUUGUGUUUGUUCUAGCACCAGCACAUUUGUACCAAAAAUGUUGUUGAUUUUGGACCUUUCAUGAAAUGUUGUCUUUUACCAAAAUUCUCAGCACAGACCUUUAUAAACCAGGACAUUUUAUUAUCUUUAUUUUAAUACUUGUCAGUUAAAGAGACUUUUUUGGAGAUGCCCUGUUUUUACACCCUGUACUUUAUAAAUCACAUGUACCUUGUUCACACCUUGUUCACACCUUGUUCACAUGAAUUUAUUUUGUGAUGUUACAUGCUGUAACAACUUAUUGUAUUAUCAACAUUUCUGGUUGGUUUACAGUACAUUUCUGUUUGUUUCUGUAUGAACAUUUAAAUGUGGGUAGAUGUGGGUGUGCCAAUCUCCUGUCUUAUCUAUUUUGCCAUAUGCUGGUUUUGUUCUUUGUAUCUAUGCAUUCAGUUACUGCUGACUUUGUAUUUUUCUGAAAGAUUUUGUUUUCUGAUUUUAAAUUGUCUAUACCAAAUUAAAAAGGUGUUUUAAAAUUUUAAA